AGCGGUUCAUCUCUGCCAUCUCCUUCUCUCCAAGGCCACAGACCUCCUGAGGCGUCUCAACAAUGACAUCCUUUCGAACAAGCGGCAUGUCAAGCGGCAUGUCAAGCGGUUUCUCCGGGCGCUCCUUUGGUGGAGGCAUGGGCGGAGGCAGAAUGCAGAGAUCCUAUGCAUCAAGUGUGUAUGGUGGGGCAGGUGGAAGCGGAGCGAGAAUCUCUGUUGCAUCCAGCGGUGGAGGCUUUGGUGGAGGUGCUGGUUAUGGUUUUGGAUCGGGCUCAGGCUUCGGUGGAGGCGGUGGGGCGGACCUCCACGUUGGGGCCAACGAGAAGGCCACCAUGCAGAAUCUGAACGACCGCCUGGGCUCCUACCUGGACAAGGUGCGCAGCCUGGAGAAAGCCAACGCUGACCUUGAGAUCAAGAUCCGACAGUAUUUGGAGAGUAAGGCCGGCCCUGCUGCCCGUGACUACUCAGCUUUUGAGGUCAUCAUUGCUGACCUGCAGGGAAAGAUCCAGGAUGCUGUUCGUGUCAACGGAGGCCUUUUUCUGGCACAAGAGAAUGCAAAGCUGGCAGCAGAUGACUUCAGAACCAAGUAUGAGAAUGAGCUUGGCUUGCGCACAGCGGUGGAGGCAGAUACGGCUGAGCUGAAGAGACUGCUUGAUCAGCUGACGUUAGCCAGAUCAGACUUGGAGCUGCAGAUCGAAGGCCUCAGGGAGGAGCUGAUCUACCUGAAGAAGAACCACGCGGAGGAAAUGGAAGUGAUGAGGAGCCAGGUGGGUGGCCAGAUCAAUGUGGAGGUGGACGCAAAGCCCCAGCAAGAUCUGAGCGCCAUCAUGGCUGAGAUGCGUGCGCAGUACGAGGGCGUGGCUGUAAAGAACCAGAAAGAGCUUCAGGCCUGGUUUGAGACAAAGUCAGAGUCACUGAAGAAAGAAGUGACAGAGAGCACAACACAUCUGCAAUCGUCCAAGACAGAAAUCUCAGAGCUUCGUCGUACAUUACAAGGCCUGGAGAUUGAACUGCAGUCACAGCUUAGCAUGAAAGCAUCUUUGGAAGGCACAUUAGGUGAAACGGAGGCACGGUACUCUAUGAUGCUCCAAAGCCUCCAGAUGCAAGUGACCAGCCUGGAGGAGCAGCUCAUGCAGCUGCGGGCGGACAUGGAGAACCAGGGCCGAGAGUACAAGAUGCUGCUUGACAUCAAGACACGGCUGGAGAUGGAGAUUGCAGAAUACAGGAGGCUUCUGGAUGGAGAGGGCAGUAUUGGCAUGAAAGAGACCACCACUACUAAAAAGGUUAUAAUAGUCACAGAGGAGAUUAGGGACGGCGAAGUGGUCUCCACCACCACCUCAUAACCCUUCUCACAGAAAUCACAAGGAGCAACACUUUCAUGCAACAAGUCACCACCUGAACCGGAGCUACGUCCUUCAAAUACAAAUGUGAAUUCAAUAAAAGCCUCACUUUGCUGACUA